AUGUGUGGGGUCUUUGGCAGCUGUGCAACACUGGAGUCGCACAACCGGCACAACUACGCGCAGUCUGGCUGGUGCAAGUCAGUAGCGGUCCCGGCCCUGACUUUUGCAAACAGUGUGCUCUGCUUGUCAUCAGGGACACGUCAGUCCCUCGAAGUACGUCAGAGGGAGGCAGGCAGAGCAGCACUGGGCGUCCACAGGGGCGUACCAAAUGAGGCGGUGCAGGGCGAGGUGGGCUGGUCUUCCUUUGAGGCUCGGGAAGCAGUGUCCAAACUCGCCUAUGAGCGCCGGCUGAGCCAGCUACCAGACGGACGUUGGGCGCGUGAGGUGUUUAAGUACAUCCACCUAAAGUGCAUCAACACAAAGUGGGUGCUGCGCACAAAACGCCUGGCGGAGCGGUACGAGGUCGCACCAUGCCGACUUACGGAGAAACCUCAGCGGGACAGGAGGACCAAGGUGCGGGAAGCCGUCCAGGAGGCCGAAAGUGCCAGCUGGCGGACGAUGGCAGCAGGAAAGCCCGCUUUGAGUUUCUACAGUAAAGCAAAACAAGCGAUCGAGAAAGAACCGCUGUACGAAAACUCAAAGGGAAGCGGUCUGCUAUGUGAAGCCAGGUGCGGCAUGUUGCGAACCCGACUGCUGCGGGCGACGUACACACCCAACCUCGACACGACAUGCCCCCUGUGCACCCUGGAGGAGGAAAGCAUCGAGCACAUCGUGCUACGCUGCCCAGCAUUGAAACCACAGGUCUCCGCCACUUCAUCAGCGCCCGCUACGCCACCGGAACAACGGCAGAAAUUGCUGGCAAUGGCGCUGGGUUUCCGGGAGUCACAAGAGCAACCGCAGUGGGAAACGGUGGAGGCAACGAAGCGUCGAUUAGAACACUGGUGGUGUGCGAACUAUCUGCAGGAUAGAACAGGUCCGGCAGCAAAUGCACCAAACCAAUAG